UGUCACUCGGAAUCUCUUCCAGGAAACAUCGUUUCUCUCCAGCGUCAAGGUAGAAAUGCAGUGCGUUGGCAACCGUUGUGCAGAAUACUAGAAGGAGAAGCCAUAUUGACAGUGCAUGGGCUGGCCGUGGUCGGAACAUCGGGGAGAGGGACGAGCUCGCUGGCGUCGAGCUUUGGUGUCGUGUCGGGUCGUUGGCAGUGAUCGUGGAAGAGACAACGUGGGAAACCAAGAUUCUGUAUUUCCAGACAGACGCCGAAAAUGUAAUUAUUCCUCCAGCCUGAGCAACACUACACUCUGUUCUACAUUACACAGGCUCGAGCAGUUAGCUGAACACGAUGGGUACAGGCCGCUUUGAGCCGUCCAGUAUCAAAAACAAAAUUAAGCGAGAGGAGGUUGCAAGGAAAUUCAAGAAGAACAAGGGGCAGUCAAAACUGCAACGCCGAUUAGCUUUGGCAAAGGAGGAAGCAACUAAUCCUGCUGCAAAAAAGAAACGGCAACUUCAAAAUGUGCCUCGAACACUGGACAACACCCGUGAAUUCGAUCCGUCCAUGCUCACAGCGGACCCAUCUGCUUCCACCUCUGCUUCAACGUCAACGGCUGCAACGAAUGACCCUUCCAGCUCAAAUUCGCAACCUCAAGACCCUUCUCAACUGCCGCAGGACGAGUCCCUCACUGAUAUCUCUUCAGAUCCCUUUGCGGAAUACUUCUCAGGAGCGGCUGAUCCAAGUGUUCCUCCAAAAGUACUCGUUACGACGUCACAAAAGGCUACCAGAGUCACAUAUGAGUUCUGCGAAGAACUUGUCGGUAUCUUCCCUGGAGCGGAAUUGAUUCGACGGAAGAAGGGGAAAGGGUCUGAGAUGGGUAAGAUUGCUGGUUGGGCAGCAGAUAGAGGAUAUGGGCAUCUGCUGGUUGUCAAUGAAGACAUGAAGAAGCCGAAUGCAAUAACCGUUGUCUAUCUUCCCAGUGGACCAACAGCCUAUUUCAAACUCACUUCCAUUGAACUUUCCAAACAAAUUAGUGGACAUGCCCGUCCUACCCCUCAUUUUCCGGAGCUCGUACUCAAUGGCUUCGUAACUCGACUGGGCCAUACCGUCGGUCGUCUGUUCCAAACCUUUUUCCCGCCAAUGCCCGAAUUUCAAGGCCGACAAGUUGUGACACUACACAAUCAACGAGAUUUUCUGUUCUUUAGACGCCAUCGGUAUGCCUUCCGAUCAACCGAGAAGGUUGCCUUACAAGAGAUAGGCCCUCGGUUCACACUUAAGUUGCGGUCAUUGCGCAAAGGUCUUCCGGCCGUCAAGAACUUUGGUGAGGUGGCCAAAGAUCUAGAAUUUGAUGCUUUCGAAAACGCGGGUGAAAAGGACCAGCUCCAUGCGUCCGAGGUGAACGCAGAAGACGAUCAUGCUGAUGAGCAAAUAGCAGAUGAAGAAGGCUCAGAGAGGCCGGUGAAGCUGAAGAAGACUUUGCCGCCAAAGGAAGAUGAAUACCAAUGGGUGUGGAAGCCAGAACUUGAGACUACAAGGCGUACAUUCUUCCUGUAACAUUUGUCCAUAUAUGAGCUCUAGUUUCUUUGCUACUCGUCAUAUUGUUGGUGCAUGUGUAUGACUGCUCACUUGCUUAGCGCCAAUACAUGAAUCGCCACUCUUCGUCAUUGCUUUCGGAUACUUCACUGCGUUCUUGCUUGGCUCAAGUGUAUGAAUCGGACUGGGACAGUGUUCAACGUAACUAUUCUUGUACGAAGUACAUACGGCAACAAUUUGUUCUUUGCUGAGCCUUUGUAGAAAUAUUCAAGACUUUGAACUCUUCUAUAUGUGCAUCUGAAC